GUUAACUUUGCAGGUUUGACCAAUUUGAACUAAUUUUGUCAUCAGGAUCCUCAGUGGAAAACCUUUGAAAAGUACCUCAUCUCUGCUUUCCAGAUCUUCACUUUGCAUAGGUUUCUGUUUUGUCCUUUACUUAAAGAAUGCCUCUGUACUACAUUGCGUCUGCAAGCCGUCUUUGAGAUAUUAUAUAGAUGUUUUCUCGUGCAAUAGAUAACACGGAAUAAGGGCAGGGAGGAUUGUUCCGUGCCUUUCCUGCUCUUUCCUCGGGAAAAAAAUAUUCAGAUUUUUUUUUUCUUUUUGUCUUUUUCGGUACCAGGGAUCGAACUCACGACUGCCUGCUUGCAAGGCAGGCGCUUAUGCCGCUGAGCUAAAUCCCCAGCCCCAAAUAUUCAGAUCUUUACAAAUACGCAAGUCCCAGUUUCAUUUUUAUAAAGGACAGCAAAGCUAGGGAUUUAGCUCCGCAGCUUAAGCGCCUGCAUGGCAAGUGCAAGGUUGUGAAUUCGAUCUCCGGUACCAUAAAGGAAAGCAAGUGGCUGCCGGUAACUAACAACUCCCAGCGGGGGUUUACAGAAAAAUAAAACCGCGCAACCGGAAGGGGGAUCCGAACAGCAGGUGGCGCACCGGGUGCACCAGAAGUGCGCGGUAUCACCACUAGUAACGUGCGCCGGAAGUAGCUGCCACCCGGUUCCACUAUGGCUGCUUCCUCUGCGAGCCGUAACCAAGUGUGGGUCGGCACCGAGACCGGAAUCCUAAAAGGGGUAGACCUCCAGCGGAAGCAGGCGACCAACUUCACGGCGACAGGGCAGCCGCAGCGCGAGGCGGCAGUGAGCGCCCUGUGCUGGGGCGCAGGCGGCGAGACCCAGAUUCUGGUAGGCUGCACGGACCUGACGGUGAAGCGGUUCUGCACCGAGAAAGGCGCGUUCCAGGGCCAGAGGUGCUGCGCGGGCGGGGAGGGCGCAUUCCGGGGCCUCGCCCAGGCCGAUGGCAAGCUCAUCACGUGUGUGGAUUCUGGGGUUCUUAGAGUUUGGCAUGGCGAUGAGAAGGAGACGCUCUCAGACCCACUCUUGGAACUGAGGGUGGGUCCUGGGGUAUGCAGGAUGCGCCAAGACCCAGCACGCCCUCAUGUGGUUGCCACUGGGGGGAAGGAGAAUGUCCUGAAGGUGUGGGAUCUGCAGGGGUCAGAGGAGCCCCUGUUCAGGGCCAAGAAUGUGCGGAAUGACUGGCUCGACCUUCGGGUACCAAUCUGGGACCAGGACAUACACUUCAUUCCUGGGUCACAGAAGCUGGUCACAUGCACAGGGUACCAUCAGGUCCGUGUCUAUGAUCCAGCAUCGCCCCAGCGCCGACCUGUCCUAGAAGCCACUUACGGAGAGUAUCCACUGACAGCCAUGACCCUCACUCCUGGGGGCAACUCUGUUAUUGUAGGAAACACACAUGGGCAGCUGGCAGAAAUUGACUUUCGGCAAGGGCGCCUACUGGGCUGUCUGAAGGGGCUGGCAGGCAGUGUCCGAGGGCUGCAGUGCCACCCUUCAAAGCCACUGCUGGCCUCCUGUGGCUUGGACAGAGUCUUAAGGAUACAUAGGAUCCGGAACCCACGUGGCUUGGAGCAUAAGGUUUAUCUCAAGUCUCGACUGAACUGUCUUCUCCUGUCAGGCAGGGAAGACUGGGAGGAUAAGCUGGAAGAACCCCAGGAGCCUAGUGAAGAACCCUCCAAAGACCCGGAGGUGGAUGAGCUUUGGGCGUCCUUGGAGGCAGCUGCCAAGCGGAAACUCCCACGGGCAGACCCGACCCUGUGGGCCGCAGGGACCCAGAAGAGGAAGAAGUGUCCCCGGGCAGUCAGCUCUUGAGUAAUCAUGGCUUGUGAAUAAACAGCUCCUAACCCAA